AUGGAAAGCAUUGUACGCGUUUUUUUGGCCACUGGCGAGUCGAAAGCUGUUCGCUAUGAUCAAGAGACGACGGUUGAGCGAGUUCUUCAAGUGGUUCUGAAAGGAAUCGGAAUUGGCGAUGUGGCGCAUCCGCAUUUCACUUUACGACUUCUAGCUGGCCUAAUCUCUCCAUUGGAUUCAAUCUGGUUACACCCGAAUCUUCUCAUUCGACACGUUCGAUCACUUUACUCAAAUCAAAUCCCACAAAAUAGUGCAGAGCUGAGAUUCGAGCUUCGUCUCCGUUUUGUACCCCAAUCCUCCUAUGAGCUUUUGUUGACCGAAUCAAAAGCUUUUUUCUAUCUACAUGAACAAGUUUUCACCGAUUUCCGAAAGCAAAUCGCUUGGAAGAUUCCUUUAGAGACGGCACUGGAUUUGGCUGCUUUACGGGUUGCUCGGGAAUAUGUCGAGAAACAAGCCAAGAAUUGCAUCGAGCCGAAAAUCGAUUUGGAUGCGAUCGACGCCGAGGCGACGAUCAACACAUUUGUGCCGGAUACUGUAAUGAUAAAGGCGAAUGUUAAGGCAAAAGAUCUGAAGAAACAAUUCCUCGGACUUGUCAAAAGAUUCGCCUCUUUAAGUACUACAGACUCCGUCCUCCGUUCCUUAUCACUUCUACUCGAGAUUGUGCGCUUUGACGUAGAGAUUUUCAAGACGAGCAUCGGGGCCGGCUGGACAUCACCAGUGGAUCUCUUAGUCGGUCCAGAGAUGGGUCUCUCCUAUCGGAUAAAUGAGCGAUGUGAUAUCUCUCGUUUGGGUGAACUGCGAUGUGUUCUCGAGAUAGCUGUUAGAAUGAUUGAGCCACAGAUUGAGAAAGCGAUUGUACAACUGAGAUUGAGUGGAUCCGCACAGCCAUUGCUAAUCACCACCCCAUCUCUUCCAAUCGCUGAAUCACUCGCGCAUCUCAUCGAUGGAUAUCAAAUGAUGUACAAUCAAGGACCAAGUGUUUACAAGAUGAAAGGCCUUGAACGAUGCGAGAGUCUUGAUAUGAAAACGGUGAAAACGAGCAAAACGCUGAGAAAUGAAGACACCGAUCUUCGAAUCAAACGCGAACACGUCACCCUGAAAGAGCUGAUCGGCGGUGGCCAAUUCGGCAACGUUUACAAGGGUGUUUACAGUUUACCGGGUGAUCUCCCGCAAGCAGUCGCGAUCAAGGUGUGCAAGCUGGAGAACGAGCCAGCCGAUACGCAACUUAUACUGCAGGAAUCGCAUCUAAUGCGUCAUUUCCGUCACGAGAACAUCGUUUCGUUGAUCGGCGUUUGCGCUGAGUCGCCGAUGUGGCUGGUGAUCGAGUUGGCGCCGUUGGGAGAGCUAAAGAUGCUGUGUGACAUCCAGGAU